CCCCCCCCACGCCCCCCAAAAAAAAAAAAAAAAAAAAAAAAAAAAAAAGAGGCCGGGGAAUAUUCAGAGGCCAGGCGCAGAGAUAGAUUUUGGAGUUGUGACUUUUGGAAUUGGUUGGGUUUUGAGUGAAUGCCUGUUGUUAGUUGAGUAAUUCUUGGAGUUCAUUCGUCAACAGAAGAAAAUUUAAAUAAAGAAAUAACAGGAUUUCUUGGCAUUUGAAGUAUUGAGAGAAAGGAUAAGGUGUGAGAAAGACAAUAAUGUCGCAGAAGAUGAGAGUGGCAGUAAUUGGCAGUGGGAUUAGUGGGUUAGUUUCGGCCUAUACUAUGGCUAAAGCUGGCGUAGAUGUUGUGUUGUACGAGAAGGAGGACUACUUGGGCGGCCAUGCCAAGACCGUCACCUUCGACGGUGUUGAUUUGGACCUCGGUUUCAUGGUCUUCAAUCGUGUAACAUAUCCAAAUAUGAUGGAGUUCUUUGAGAGUCUUGGAGUUGAUAUGGAGACAUCAGAUAUGUCAUUCUCAGUGAGCUUAGACCAAGGCCAUGGAUGUGAAUGGGGGAGCCGAAAUGGUUUGUCAAGUUUAUUUGCACAGAAGAAGAAUGUUUUGAAUCCAUACUUUUGGCAAAUGCUUAGAGAAAUUUUCAAGUUCAAGGAUGACGUCCUAAGUUAUCUUGAGCUACUUGAGAACAACCCAGACAUUGAUCGCAAUGAAACCUUGGGACAGUUUAUCAAGUCACGGGGUUACUCUGAAUUAUUUCAGAAAGCUUAUCUUGUUCCAAUAUGUGGUUCAAUAUGGUCCUGCCCUUCAGACGGGGUCUUGAGCUUUUCAGCUUUCUCCGUUCUUUCAUUUUGCCGAAAUCAUCAUCUACUUCAGCUCUUUGGUCGUCCACAGUGGCAUACUGUCAGAUGGCGUUCACAUUGUUAUGUGAAGAAGGUCAGAGAAGUGCUGGAGAGUAAAGGUUGUCAGAUUAGAACUCGUUCUGAGGUACAUUCAGUUGCAACAAAUGAUGAGGGUUGCAUUGUGUUCAGUGGAGAUGAUUCCAAAGAAAUGUACAAUGGCUGUAUAUUGGCAGUCCAUGCCCCUGAUGCUGUGAAAUUAUUAGGAGACCAAGCAACUUUUAAUGAGAGGAGAAUACUUGGGGCUUUUCAAUAUGUUUACAGUGAUAUUUUCCUUCACCGUGACAAAAAUUUAAUGCCCAAAAACCCAGCAGCGUGGAGUGCUUGGAAUUUUCUUGGGAGUACAGAAAGUAAACUAUGUUUAACAUACUGGCUCAAUGUGCUUCAGAAUAUUGAUGAAACGAGUCCACCUUUUCUAGUGACUCUAAACCCAGGUCAUACACCAAAAAAUACCUUGCUUAAGUGGUCAACUGGUCAUCCAGUCCCAUCCAUUGCAGCAUCAAAAGCUUCACUUGAGUUUGAUAAAAUCCAAGGGAAGAGAGGAAUUUGGUUUUGUGGGGCAUACCAGGGUUAUGGCUUCCAUGAGGAUGGAUUAAAGGCUGGCAUGGCUGCUGCACAUAGCAUGCUAGGAAAAAGUUGUGCUCUUUUGAGCAACCCAAAACACAUGGUACCUUCUCUGAUAGAAACUGGGGCGCGCCUUUGUGUUACUAGAUUCCUUGGACACUAUAUCUCUACUGGAUGUUUAAUUCUAUUGGAGGAAGGGGGCACACUAUUUACCUUUGAAGGAAGCAUGAAAAAAUGUUCUCUGAAAACUGUGUUGAGAGUUCAUAGUCCCCAGUUUUACUGGAAGGUAAUGACACAGGCUGAUUUAGGCCUUGCAGAUGCAUAUAUCAAUGGAGAUUUUUCUUUUGUUGACAAAAAGGAAGGUCUUCUAAAUCUUUUUAAGAUUCUUAUUGCCAGCAGAGAUGUAAAUUCCUCCAUCUCAAAAUUGAGUAGCAAAAGGGGCUGGUGGACUCCACCUUUAUAUACAGCUAGUAUAGCAUCAGCAAAAUAUUUUCUUCAGCAUGUUCUGAGGCAAAAUACUCUUACACAGGCUCGCAGGAACAUCUCUCUUCAUUAUGACCUGAGUAAUGAACUAUUUGCUCUAUUCUUGGACGAAACAAUGACAUACUCCUGUGCUGUAUUCAAGAGUGAAGAUGAAGACUUAAAGGAUGCACAGCUAAGGAAAAUCUCUCUUCUAAUUGAAAAAGCAAGAAUUGAUAAGAAGCAUGAAGUUCUUGAGAUUGGGUGUGGUUGGGGAACCUUAGCUAUUGAAGUUGUCAAACAAACUGGAUGCAAAUACACUGGCAUCACUCUCUCUGAGGAGCAACUGAAAUUUGCAGAAAGGAAAGUGAAAGAAGCUGGCCUUCAGGACCGAAUUAAAUUUCUCCUUUGUGACUACCGCCAGUUGCCUAAAACCUAUAAAUAUGACAGAAUCAUAUCCUGUGAGAUGAUAGAAGCUGUUGGCCAUGAAUUUAUGGAAGAGUUUUUUAGGUGCUGUGAAUCAGUUUUGGCAGAAGAUGGCCUUCUCGUUCUGCAGUUCAUAUCGAUACCAGAUGAACGUUAUGAUGAGUACAGGCAAAGCUCAGAUUUUAUAAAGGAAUAUAUCUUUCCUGGUGGAUGCCUACCUUCAUUAAGUAGGAUAACGUCAGCCAUGGCUGCUUCAUCCAGACUCUGUGUGGAGCACCUGGAGAACAUAGGCAUUCAUUACUAUCAAACACUCAGAUAUUGGAGAACAAAUUUUUUGGAGAAGCAGAGAAAAAUCCUUGCUCUUGGUUUUAAUGAAAAAUUCAUCCGGACGUGGGAAUAUUACUUUGAUUAUUCUGCAGCUGGUUUUGAGUCACGUACACUAGGAAAUUAUCAGGUUGUAUUCUCUCGUCCUGGAAAUGUUGAAGCAUUCAGCAAUCCAUAUCACAAUUUCCCUUCAGUAUGCUGAUACAAUGAUAUUGUUUUCAAAGGAGAGAGAAUAAUAUUCAAAUUCGUGCCUAGACAAACGGUUGUCGAUUCUUUUUUCUUUUUCUUUUUGUUCGUUUAAUUUUUUUUAAAUAAUCAUGUAGCUUUCGUUUUUUCAUUUCUUGUCAAAGGCAUGACCCAAAAAAUAUUGUCAAAGGACUUCAAUUGCUUUCCUUUCUGCUUUGGAAGGGUAAAUUGUUACUUAUUCUUUUGAUUAAUAAUGGGGAAGUACUAUGAGUAAUUUGUUAGCUUAAUUGAAAUAAAUUAGUUUGGAUUAAA